AUGACCAUGGCUGACAAUGUGCCAAUCGAUAUAAUCCGUUCGCACCAGGACGACGUGGAACGAGAAAACGAAAAGCAGGAGCAGAAACUGCAUCCGCAGUCAAAAACACAAGCCCAAAUCGACGAAGAUGAGAAAUACAACCGCGAUGUUCCUCCCGACGGUGGAUAUGGCUGGGUCUGUGUCGCCUGUGUAUUCUGGAUCAAUGCGCAUACCUGGGGUAUCAACAGCAGUUACGGAGUCUUCCUGAGCUACUACCUCUCGAACGAUGUAUUCCCGAAUACCUCGGCCCUAUCAUACGCCUUCACCGGCGGACUGAGUAUCUCCUGUGCCCUGCUAGUAGCACCCUUAGCAACGCACAUGAUCCACAAAUGGGGCACACGCUUAGUGCUCAACCUGGGGGUAUUCUUCGAAACCCUCUCUUUGAUCGGCUCCUCCUUCGCAACCGUAAAAUGGCACAUCUUUCUGAGCCAAGGCGUCUGCUUCGGCUGGGGCAUGGGUUUCCUCUUCGUAGGCAGCGUCGGCAUAACCCCGCAAUGGUUCAGCAAACACCGCAGUGUAGCAAUGGGCAUCAACGCCGCAGGAUCAGGUCUCGGCGGUCUAAUCUACUCUCUUGCUGUGGGCGCCAUCAUCCCGCGCUACGGGUUGGGCUGGGCUUUCCGCAUAUUGGGUAUCGUCUCCUGCGUCGUGAAUCUGGUCUGCUGCAACCUCCUCCGAGACCGCAAUAAGGCUGUUGGCAGUAGAUUUACGGCUUUUCACUUGCCGCUGCUGCGUCGUCCGGAAUUCUUGCUUUUCCUUGCAUGGGGUGUUUUCAGCAUGCUUGGCUACGUGGCGCUGCUGUUUAGUGUUGCGAACUUUGCACUUUCCGUCGGCCUUUCUUCGCAUCAGGGAAGUAUUGUCUCGGCGAUGCUCAAUCUUGGACAGGGUCUUGGUCGGCCGUUUGUUGGCAUGUUUAGUGAUCGGCUGGGUCGCAUUAAUAUAGCCACUUUCCUCUCUUUUCUCUGUGGUUUGUUCUGUCUAGCCAUCUGGACUUCUGCUGAUAGUAUGGGUGUCGUGUGCUUCUUUGCUGUUUUGGUUGGCACUGUUGCAGGCACAUACUGGGCUACGGUCUCUCCGGUUCUGGCGGAGAUUAUUGGUAUCAGGGACCUUCCUUCUGGUCUGAGCAUUACCUGGCUCGUCCUUGUAAUCCCUUGCACUGUCUCCGAGCCCAUUGCCCUUGAGCUUCGCAGCCACGUUGCUGGUGGCGGAACUUCAUAUCUGCACGUUCAGAUAUUCACCGGGUUUAUGUAUUUGGCUGCUUCGAUAUGCCUGUGGCUUGUCCGUGGCUGGAGGGUCGGCGCAUUGGAGUGCGCUGAGGCGCGUCGUGACCCCGUCGUGCAGGCUGGCCCGUUGGCUGGAGCCACUGGCGGAAAUGAGAAGCAAGGUCACCCUCCGACUCUUCCUGCUGCCACGCAGACCACUGGUACGGAUACCCAGCUAUGGGCUCCGAUCAGCUUGCUUCGCAGAAUGGUGGCUAUGAAGAAAGUCUGA